CAAGUCCGAUUAACAUCAUGAUAUGCCAAUAGGGAUUAGUCACAAGAUUUAGAGUCAAAUAUAUUCGAUUAUAGAAUCAUUGCUGUAAAUAUAUAUAUACCCGGUAAUCUGUCACUUUUCAUCUGGUCAAGAUCUUUUACUUAGGUUUGUUUUAGAGUUAUUUUCUCAUUUUAUAUAAUACAUGACACAAGAUAAUCUUAUGCCUCGAAGACUUUGACACUUGCCAAGAAUCUCAAAUAUAUAUAGAGAGUUUCAUACAGCAUAAAAUAAUAGAUAUAGACUAUUAAAUAUGAGUGAAGAAGUUCAUAGUAUACAUUCGCUUAGUGCGUAUGAUGAUGACAAAUUACAAAAGAGUCUUGAACUUAAUGGAGUCGAGAGUCAAGUUGAAAUAGAACCUCCUUAUACUAUCUUUAAUCAACAUGAAAAAUAUAUCCUUAUACUAAUUCUUUCAUUUGUUGGAUUUUGGAGUACAGUAUCAAGUCCUAUAUAUUUCCCAGCUUUACCAACUUUAACUGCUUAUUUUCAUACUACUCCCGCCAUUAUGAAUCUUUCUAUUGUGGCUUAUUUAUUAUUUCAAGGGAUUGCUCCAACAGUUGCUUCUAAUCUUGCUGAUAAUUUUGGUAAACGACCUGUAAUUAUUGCAUCCAUAAUAAUAUAUGUAGCAUCAUGUGUAGCUAUUUCCCAAACCAAUGUUUAUUGGUUGUUGGCGGUUUUAAGAUGUAUUCAAGCUGCUGGUAUUGCACCUGUUAUUGCCAUUAGUUCUGGAGUUGCUGGUGAUGUAUGUACAGCAGCUGAUAGAGGUGGUUUUGUUGGAGUUGUUGCCGGAUUUCAAUUAGUAGGAAAUGGGUUAGGAGGACUUUUAGGUGCGGUAUUAAUUAGUCUGUUCAACAGUUGGAGAGCUAUAUUCAUAUUUUUAGCUAUAGGUGCUGGAGUUACAUUCAUAUUUUGUUUGUUCUGCUUACCUGAAACCGCAAGAAACAUUGUUGGUAAUGGUUCUGUUAUUCCUAAAAAUUUCUUUAAUAAAUCAGCCAUGAUUUAUUUACCACAUUUUAGAAGAAAGUUAAAUAACGAAACAAGUACUAUAUCAGAACAAACAGCUUUCGAUUUCUGGAGUCCAUUUAGAAUUUUCUUCAAACCAGAUGUGUUUUUCACUUUAUUUCCUGUGGGUAUGCAAUUUGCAGCUUGGACUAUGGUUUUAGCAUCUAUUUCAACAGAGUUAGAAUCAUCUGCCUACAACUACUCUGUUUUAAAAGUUGGUUUAAUAUAUUUACCUCAAGGUAUUGCAUGUUUAUUAGGUUCUAUGGUAAUUGGUAAAGUACUUAACGUGUAUUAUACAUACAGAAGAAAUAAGUACGAAGAAAAAUAUAAAGAUACCAUUGAAAGACCACCUUUUAAUAUUGUCAAGACCAGAUUAGAUAUUUGUAUUUUCCCAGCUGCAAUGAUGAUUAUAGGAUUACUUAUUUUCGGAUGGUGUUUACAAUAUCGUAAGAAUAUAUCAUCAAUCAUUAUUUCAACCAUAUUAAUUGCAUUUUCUUCAUCUGCAUUCAUAUCAGCUUGUACAACUAUGUUAGUUGAUUUAUAUCCUGGGAAGGGUAGUGCUUCAACAAGUUGCUUAAACCUUAUGCGUUGUUGGUUAGCAGCUUUAGGAUCAGGAGUAUUAGAUAAAAUGAUUUCUAGUAUGGGACUCGGUGGUUGUUAUACCCUUGUUGCAGGAUUAUGUUUACUAGCAGACUUAUCACUAUUCUAUGUUGUUCAUAGUAUAGGAAACAGAAUCAAGCAUUCGGUUCCAGUCUCACCUGUCGCUUCCGACUAAAAUCACAUAUUACGUUCAUGGCAUAUUUUAUUUCAUAUAUUGUGAGAUCUCUUUACAUAGGUUAAUUUUUUACAUUUCUAAUUAAUUACUUAGUUGACUAUUUUGUUGACGUGGCUAUUAGCUAGUCGGACAUAUAGACCUUUAUAGACUAAUGAAUAUAACAUUUAAUGAUUAUUUAUUAUUUUAAUGG